AUGUGCGUAAAGACCCUGGGAUUGGCAUUGAUGUUCUGGUCUGGAUUGGAAUCAGGCGGUCUCGAAGCCCGGAUUCAAGACGCGAGGCGUCUUGGCUCCCCAAGAGUUGAGGAGAUCUGGAAAAGUGUAUGCAAGCCGGAAAAGCAUGAAAUAAUACUGCGUCCUCCAGCCUACCUAAUGUUUCUACCUUCAGGGGAGCCCUGCAGACUGUGGUACCAACUCAAAACAUUUCUGUGUAGUCAAAAGCCCCAUAAUUCACGGUAA